AUGUCGGUCUGUGAAGGAUCGGUUACAGAGGCGGCUGGGAAAGUCAACAUCAUGGUGGCUCUGGCCAGCUUGGUCGAGUUUGUUUGUGGAGCUUCAGAGCGGGAGGUGAAAGAAUGGCAGCACAUGGGCGCCGAGCGGGGGAGGAAUUGCGUUGCUAGUGCUGAGGACUGCAACAGGCUUUUCGUGGGGACUGGAGCGGGGCAGCUCCGCUCCUGUGCUGCAGCACAGGUCCCCCAGAGGAGCCGUGCAGUGAGGAGUCUACUGUCUUCUCACAAACCCUUGAUCUGGUUUUCAUUGCUUUUUCAGCAACAGAACCUGGAGGGAUACGUUGGCUUUGCAAAUCUUCCCAAUCAAGUGUACAGGAAGUCUGUGAAGAGGGGUUUUGAGUUCACUCUCAUGGUAGUGGGGGAAUCUGGGCUGGGGAAGUCAACGUUGAUCAACUCCCUGUUCCUGACAGACCUGUAUUCUCCAGAAUACCCUGGACCUUCACAUAGAAUCAAGAAGACUGUACAGGUGGAGCAGUCCAAGGUGUUGGUAAAGGAAGGUGGAGUCCAGCUUUUCCUCACAAUAGUGGACACCCCAGGGUUCGGCGAUGCUGUGGACAACAGUAACUGCUGGCAGCCAGUCAUCGAUCACAUCGACAGCAAGUUUGAGGAUUACCUCAACUCCGAGUCCCGCGUGAACAGACGACAGAUGCCCGAUAACAGAGUGCAUUGCUGCCUGUACUUCAUCGCCCCCUCAGGACAUGGACUGAAGCCGCUUGACAUCGAGUUCAUGAAACGGUUACAUGAGAAAGUGAACAUCAUCCCGCUCAUUGCCAAAGCCGACACUCUGACUCCCGAGGAGUGCCAACAGUUCAAGAAGCAGAUCAUGAGGGAGAUCCAGGAGCACCAGAUCCAGAUCUACGAGUUCCCCGAGACCAACGACGAGGAAGAUAACAAGAUGGUCACCAAGAUAAAGGGCCGGCUGCCCAUGGCCGUGGUCGGCAGCAACACCAUCAUCGAGGUGAACGGGAAGAGGGUUCGAGGGAGGCAGUACCCGUGGGGCGUGGCUGAAGUGGAGAAUGGAGAGCACUGUGACUUCACCAUCCUCAGAAACAUGCUUGUCAGGACCCACAUGCAGGACCUGAAGGAUGUGACCAAUAACGUCCACUAUGAGAAUUACAGGAGCAGGAAGCUGGCCGCUGUCACUUAUAACGGAGUCGACAACAACAAGAGCAAGGGCCAGCUGACCAAAUUUGACACAGUUGAAGGCAUGAGCCCCCUGGCACAGAUGGAGGAGGAGAGGCGAGAACACGUGGCCAAGAUGAAGAAGAUGGAGAUGGAGAUGGAGCAGGUGUUCGAGAUGAAAGUCAAGGAGAAGAUCCAGAAGCUGAAGGACUCUGAGGCUGAGCUGCAGAGGCGCCAUGAGCAGAUGAAGAAGAACCUGGAGGCCCAGCACAAGGAGCUGGAGGAGAAGAGGCGCCAGUUCGAGGACGAGCGGGCUGGCUGGGAGGCACAGCAGCGUCUGCUGGAGCAGCAGAAACUGGACGCCUCCAGGACCUUGGAGAAGAACAAAAAGAAAGGGAAGAUAUUUUAAAGUGUCCGAGGAGCACCGCUUUGUAUUUGCCAAUUGGCCAGCCUGGACGCCUGUGUUUCUGUCACUGGGCAGCGCACAGAUUCAGCUCAAUAUCAUCUGCAUGAGGGAGGGCCAGAACGCCACCGUCUGUGGCCUUGGGGAGGGGGGGGGGAGGGGGGUUAACCGCCAUAAAACUUACCAUCCUGCACACGCUGAACCCAGAAAUGCUCAGUUCCGUCUUACAGUUUUUAUUUUUCAAAAAAAAAAGUACCGUUUAUGCAGAGCAAAUGCCUAACUGUUGUACAAUCAUGUUUUGGUGGUUGAUUGUUUACACAAAAAAAUCCUGUUCUUCCGUGACGUCCCAAAACACGGCGAUUCUGAGCAAAAUGUUCUAAACGUUCUUCUAUUCUCUGCUUCUUUGUGAAAUAUGCAUAACACAGGAGACCAUGUCCUGAGCAGCACCCUAUACAGAGAGCCUAAUGCAAAAUGACCAAAAGAGGAGUCCAUGCUCACUGUAACCAUGCUGACGGCCACCAUUAAGACAACCUUAAAGGAUCAAUUACACCUCAGGCUAUUUUUAUAUAACAUUGGUUUUUGCUUUAUCUUUCCCAAAAAUAAUGCUUCUUUUAUUUCAUGUAAUUUAAAUUAUCUAGCCUUGGACAGCCAUGUAUAACAUCAUUAAAGUAAUAUUUCAUUUAGUUUUUUGUUUUUGUUUCAUAAUCUUUUUUUUUUUUUUUUUUUUGUAAGUUGGAGAAAUCUUGGGAGGAUUAUCCAGUUUGUUGACUGGUUUUCAGCUAGCUACAGCCGGCAGCUCAAUGCGUAAAGAGCUGAAAAGGCCGACUGUACGCUACUUUAAUGAGUGUCCUCACGCCAGCAUUGGGUUUUCCCUGACAGUGAGAGGUCAUCGCCACACUUAGGUUUGUUCAUGUACUGCAUCUCUGUAUUUUUAAUUUUAUUUUUCAUUUGUAUUGUACAAAGUCACGUAAUAAACUUGUGAUGAUA